AUGGGAAAGUCGAACAAAAGAAAAGCCACAGGGGGUGGCAAGCGACCAGGGAAGAAGAAGGCGGGAGGGGCGGAUUUCUCCGAGGACGAAUUGGAGGAGGCCAGUGUUGCUUGUCCAAUUCUCCUGCAGGCGAUUGAUGGGCUGUUGUGGGACUUCUUUUGGUUUGGCGAGGAGUGCACAGCUGAAUUCGACGAUGCGCACCUCGCGUGGAGCGGAACCUUCGAGUCGAACACCUCGACGGCACAUGGUGAGUACCAGGACCGCUUGCGAGCCAUCCAUCUUCGGAAGCAGGGCUGGUCGAAAGCAGACAUCGCGAAGGAUGUCGGACGGUCUGAACGAUUUGUAGCUCGCUGGUGGCAGCUGGAGCCGUUGGCAGUGCCGAGACCUCCAGGUGUCCACCAAUACUUGGCAACCACAAUGGCAGGUGGCAAACAGGCAGAUCGCACUCACAUGUGGCGUGGGGUAGAAGUCUUGCGAGGUUUUUUCACAGACACAGCUGGGCUGUACGACGAGAUCGUCUCUGGCUUCACAGCUUGGAAGCAGGGUGCAUCGGAAACAAAGGAUUUCCGGACAGCUUCCUACUUCCUACGCUACGACCGAGAGGGCAAAAUGAAGAUGAUGACGAUGAAAUCAGCUUCCUACCAGCGCUCGGUGGUGCCUAGAUUGGACUUGUUGGUGCAGAAGAUCCACCAAAAGGUCGGGAUUCAAGACCCUGAUCAUGGCGCAGCCAUGUACUGGUUUUCGGAUGGCGACGCGAGUGUUGGCAGCCACCGGCAUGUUUUCUGGAGUGCGCGAGUUGCGCUCGGGGCCGAGCGAAUUAUGAUGGUGGACAAGGUUCCCAUACUGAUGCAGGAAGGAGACCUGAUCGUCAUCGGUCCCCAGCGCCAUGGGGUUCCUACCAUGCCGGAAAUCAGCGAGGGGAGCCUUCGCAUUUCGGUUCCCUUCACGCCGCAGAAGCGUGACAGCAAACAUGUGCAUCAAGCCCCGUCAGCUCAGACCGAAGAUGCAGAAGAGGAGGACGACGAGCGGUGGUAUCCUGUGCAGGAAGAUGCUGACUGGGAAGAUGCUGAAGAUGCAAACCCGACAGACGAUGGGGGCGGUGGCUUGCAGGGCUUGCAGAUUCUGAUGGACAUGGGCUUUGACGCUGAUGCAUCUCGCAGUGCCCUUCAGCUCUGCGGAGAUGUGGAGCAAGCCAUCGAAGCGUUGACCGGCGGAUUUGCCGAACUGCUGGGCACAUCGGCAGAGGGUGAUGUUGACGAGGCUGAUGCAGACAUGGAUGCGGGCGAUGCAGUUCUUGCACGAAAGCUUCAGAUGGAGGAGCUUCAGCGAGAAAGUCCCGAUCAACUUCAACAGCAGUUCGACGAGUACCAAAAGCUGCUCGAUGUGGACGAUGCAGAAAAAGCCUGGGACGGAUACGGUGAUUUGAUGCACAAUUCUUUCCGAAGAGCCAAUCUAAAUUUGGACAUGCUUGGUGCCCAAACCAUAUACUCUCUUGGCGUCGCAGCUCAAACAGAGAAGCAGUUCUUCGAGCUUUUAUCAUUACAUUCCGUUCGAGUUGUGUAUGAUUUUCGGCCGACGGACUAUCGCGACGAGGUUCGAUGCCAGCAACCACAUUUUGAGAUCCGCGCCUUCAAAUCAAACUGCCGUCAGCGUGGCAUUCACUAUCGUCACGUUGCGGUAGGGCGGGAGACAGCAUGGGGUACCCUUAAGCACCUGCAAAGUGAUGAGGUUCAGCACAUCCUCGUGGAACUGGUGUGGCGAGCCAAGCACCAUGGGCGAACCGCCUUUCUGGGUCAAGAGGAAGAUUGGCGUGCGGACGGCCGUUUGGUCGUUGCCGAAGAGCUUGAGAAGCAUGGUCACGCGGUGCAGCACGUGAGAUCAGAAGGGUCUCUUGAGAGGCAUACAGUUGGUGUUGAGAUACCCGACUUCCUUCUCCAGGAGGAAUCUCGACUAAGAAAGGUGCAUGCCCAACGGAAGGCGGGAGAACUCCACAGGCCAGAAAAGUCUGCUGUCAACCGCAGCUUGGAGUCUGUGGCGCGAUCCUUGGCGACGGAGAAGACCCAGGUGGAUGUCGGCGCAGAGCUUCGGGAUGCCGAGAACCAAACGGACUUGGUGCGAGCGCAGAAGCGCAUGGUACGCCUGCAGAUGUCCGAGAGCAAGAAGGAGGCCGGACUGAGCAAGAAAGAGCUUGUGGCCGUGCCGACGCACAUCGCCAGAGAGGCAGCCAGCAUCAGGGAGAAGGUGGAGGCUAAGCAGAAGGAAAAACUGCAGAGUAAGGCUGUGGAAAGUGCGCAAGCGAGUUACGCAGCGAGUAGCUCGCACGAAACUGCUGCUGAGUUGGCAGAAGCUUCAAGGGCCGCGCCCGCUGCCGCUUCCGCUGCCGCUUCCGCUGCGUACCCGAAGGCGGAGACCGCGGGGCGCCGAAGCCGAUGGAGCCAGGCGGCUGGCCCGGCUGGCCCGGCUGGCCCGGCUGGCGCUGGUGCUGACGCCGACACGACGACGGAGACGAAGGAGCCCGGCUCCGAGCUGAGGCCCGAGGGCGCCUCAGCUCGCGAAACGGCCGAAACGGCGUCAAGAAGCCGCUGGGACCGAAGGAGAGAGAGAAGAGAAGAGACUUGA